AUGGCACAUAUCAUUCUCACCGGCGCUACAGGCAUAGCAGGCGCCGGCAUCCUAUCCUACGCUCUCACCUCGCCCGCUAUAUCGAAGAUUUCCAUCCUAUCUCGACGCCCAGUCAAGCUUGCGAACGAUCAACCCAAAGCACACGUCAUUAUACACAAGGACUUCAAGAUCUACUCGCCCGAAGUUCUUGCUCAACUCAAAGACGCUAUAGGAUGUAUUUGGGCGCAAGGCAAGAGCAGUAUCGGCAUGUCUGAGCAGGACUACACGGAACUCACCCUGGACUAUCCGCUUGCUGCUGCCCGAGCGUUCGCCAGCCUCGGAGCGCACUUCAACUUUGUCUACAUGUCUGGCGAAGGAGCGAAUGCCGAGAAAGAGACUGGACAAUUGUUUGCCAGAGUCAAGGGCCGAGCCGAACGUGAGCUUUCAAAGCUGCAGGAGCAGGAACCAUCUCUGCGAGUGUACAAUAUAAGGCCCGGCGGAAUCAAUCCUAAGGGCAAGUUCCUUGCCGAGCGCACGCCGAACAUCAGUGAAGCUCGCGAUCGGGAACGGUGA